GCGUUUUGUGGGGACACCAGCUAGAAUGAUUUCGUCAUUUCUGAGGCCUCAGAUGUGCGCAGGACGCGAAGCAAGAAACACGUCGUAGUUCCCCAUCGAGCUCUCUAGUGGAGACGGCAGCGCAAAAUUCUUCAAGGAAUCAAUUAAAUAUAUUGUGCAAACAAUUCGCUAAAAGAUGCUGAAGCUGAAGCCAAGGAACUACUGCAUUCCCAAUUGCCUGAAUGGAGCAUUAGCCUACUCGGCGCUCCUUGUUUUUUUGGUUACCGCCGUUCAGGGCCUGCAGCUGAGCGCCUUCACGACAAAAACUCCGAGGGUCAGCAAAUACACAACCAAAUCGCCAUCGGCAUCAUCGAUGAACCAUGAUGCCACUACUUCGCUGUACCGCUUCAAUGCCACCAACGGAAUCACCUGCAUCCUAAUGCAGGUCGACGGUCUCAUUGGCAUCAAGUAUCGCAACAAGCUGAACGAGGAUGUGGAGGCCGACCUGUACAUGCCGGACAGCCCCCAGCUGAGUGGGGAGUGCGACGAGUCCAACAUGGAGAUACUCACAAUGGAGUUUAAGGGUUUCAGGCUGUCCAUGACAUUCAAAAAGUCUUCUGGCGGCGAGGGCUGGUACAUCAACCUCUUCGAGCUGACAUACUCGUCGUCCAACCCACUGUUCGAGCACCCCGAUCGUCCCGGACUGAACGUAAAGCUCACCUCGCCCGUGCACACGCCCAUGUACUUCGCAACGCCGGUGGGCAAAGCGUAUGUCUGCGACAAAGAGCAGAAAGUCAUUAUGUACGCCCCAAACGACUCUGGCGACCAGUCCGGACAUAUUGCUCGUCUGUACUUGCGCGAUCUGCACAUGCAGAGCUUCAUGUUCAAGGAGACUGGCAAGUGGGGACCGUCGUUCCACUGCAGUGCCACUGGGUCCUACCGCGACGAGACAGCGCCUCUGGCAGUGGGCACUGCACUGGCCAUAGCCGUUCUAUUGACCAUAUCUGGAUACGGAGGCUGGCGUUACUUUAAAAUCAAGAAGGUCCAGUACGGUUCAAUGGAGUGAGCGAGCCGAAUGUGAGGUGGCGCUUUUUGUUCAAAUAUUCUCGACCAUAUCGUUGUCUACACAUAUCCCCCAUGUUUGUUGGAUCUCUUGUAAUCCGUAGUCCUAUUUUUAAACUAAGAGUUGGCGCAGCGCAGAAGCUGAUGUUACCAUUUAUGAGAUACACAUAUAAUAUAUGAGAAUUGCAAAUGUCUUCCAUAUUGUUAAUGUAUAAAAUAAUACGCACCUUAUACAUAUACAUAUACAUAUACAUAAACAUAAACAUAUAAUAUUAAUUAUUAAAUGUUAACAUAAAUCCUUACUAACCCAAGAUAUAUCAGGUAUUAUUUACUUGCCAGGCGAACAACAAAUAACAAAACUUCAACAAAAGACCAAUGUUAUGGCGCGUCAUGUACUUUAGAUCGAAUCAAAUCGAAUCGCUCAAAUUCUCAAUUUCUACUCAAAUUUCAGCAAUCUAUUGUUAUUUGAAAUCUCCUCCUGCACCUUUCUCUCUCCUUUGAUUAAAUCUCAGAUUC